AUGUUGUCGCAUGUAUCUCAGUUGGCCGACUUGCGCAAGACUGCCGAGAAGGAGAAGGUUCGCCUGCGUGAAGAGAAGGAGCCAGAAAGAACACUAGCCAGACACAGCGGUGCCAUGGGCGGGGCCAGAUGGCCGUUCCUGCUUCUUCUGCUUGACCACGGCUGCCGAGUGGCCUCAGCAGGGGAUGAGGAAUCCACACUGGGCUUCCUGUUCGGCAUGGGUGGGGACUAUGUCUUUCCACUCAUGGAUUUCGUGGCAUCCGAGUCAGAGGACAUCGACCAUGAAGUCGCGCGGAUUGACGCUCAAUUGGCACGUGUUGGCGAUGCACGGCAGCAGGUGGAGCAGAUGGCACUGAAAAUGCGCCAUGGGCUCCCUUCGGAUGCGGCUGCUCUUGCCGGUUGGUUGCUCCGUUCUGAUUGGUCAAGUCUGCUGGAUGGUGAUCAGCCGGAGGAUCCUUUGGUCGAGUCCUUGGCAGAGCUUACGCCUGGGGAGUCCACCUGUGAUGAUGCAAAUACUGGUGGAGACAAGGACUUCAUCUAUGCAAUCCGGCGUAGUUUGGAUGGGCUCGAGACUUUGGCGCUGGAGCAGAAUGAAUUCAAAUGGGCAGAAUUCUUUGCCCGGCGAAUGCGCCAGCAGCCUGUGUGUCUACUGGGGAUUUCCUCGCUGUUCCUAGUUGCUGCAGACGUCACAGCGUUCGCUGCCGCAGCCAGCGGGGGUGAGCACCAGAUGCGCGUUCGGAGAGCUUUGCUGUUUGCGCAGGGGCUGGCUCUGCAACAUGUGGAGGAGGGGCCGAGCGCUUCGCAAGGUGCCAGGGCUCUGGAUCUUCUGAGGACAAGAUGGCCACUGUGGCAGCUGCUGCGCAGUGUCCGCAAGGAGAUGGCUUCUGGAAGCCGAUUCGCACUUCCAGCUCCGCGUCGUGCGGCACUUCCGGAGACUGCCCUCGAGUUGCCAGAG